UGUCAUACUUGUCACUACAAACGUAAUUUGGAAUCAGCUGUUUAUAUUGUCUGCAGACGAUAAGGGCCCAUGACUUUUGGAAAAAUCUCGUCCUUUAACUGGAACACAUGUACUGGACCAAACAAUGGAAAUUAUAUCUUCAGAAAUAUGACAGAAAAUAGAAAAAGAGCAAGGGAGGAUGACACUUGCGAAUUUAUGCCUCUAUCUAAGAGGAUAAAUAACUUGCAUAUAAACAACAACCUUGCCAGCACAAGUGCCUCCCAGACGCAAGAAUCAAAUAUGGCUAAUAACAUAAAUCUCGAGAAUGGAAUCUCCUCAUCUAGUUCAUCGUCCGAUUCCGAAAGAAGACCUAGUUAUGAUCCAGGAAUAAGUGCGGCCCAAAGCAGUUACUACUAUGAGAACAAGCUGUUGUUUGAAUUGCAUUUAGAAAGAACUCAAAGAUCAGGGCAGCAGUACCCGUUUUAGUGGUCCUGAUGGUGUACAUUUUGUGUGUAUUUAUUGUGAAGCAUGCCAUAGUAUGUAUGUAACUUUAUAAUUAAUAUUAAUUAAUGAAAUUAAACCUUAUAAUACAU